GAUGGGGAACUCAUUCAUGCUCGAGUCUCGAUGGUGGUGGUGGUGGUGGUCAGCAGCCCGCCCGACAGUGUAAACAAACAUGGGGGAGGAGGAGGCGAUGACCUGAGACACUGCUGAGAUGACCCCUACAGACCACCCUCCGCCUGAUGAGGAGGGUGUGGAGGUGCUGGAGGCGGAGCAUGUGUACAUUCUCAUGAAGAGGGAGUACCGCAUCUCUCGCAAUGUCCGUGCUGAGUGGUACCUGCGCCGCAUCAACUCCAUCAUUACCUUCCCCAGGAGAGAAAAACUUAGUGACAAUGAAGAGGAGCUGGAGGUGGUGUCAGUCCUGCCAAUGGAUGUGCCACCAGAGUGGGACUCAGACACCUCCCACCUGUACCACUAUCGCAUCACGCAGCGCUCCACCCUCCACUUCCUGGCCCGCAAGUACCGACUUGUCUUCUGCCUUGAUCUCUCGCCCUCAACCUCCAUCGUGGACGAGACCAAGAGCAGCGCCGUGCUGGACGAGGUGUUCACCAUGCUCCGGCAGUGUCUCAGGGGCAUUGUGCGGCCAUUCUACAUCCCAGGGAGCCUGCUGCUGUUCCAGCCAGAAAUCUACCUGACCAUCAUUGCCCACACCCCGUUCUUCAAGAGUCAGUCCCAGCAGGUGUUGGUCCAGGGAUGGCUGCUCAUGGAACGCAACCUGGACCAGUUCCUGCACAACAUACAAGUGAAGCUGACCAUGCUUGAGGCUCAGCUGGCACAGGCCACAGCACAGACCUAUGGACAGCUGGGGGAGGACCCUUUUCUUCAGGCACCAUCAUCAGUCCUGCCCAACCCCAUGGUGUCUCCAGACAUUGGCUUUGUGGACAUGCUGAGAUAUGGCAUUGUGGCGCUGCAGCUCCUGCCAGAAAAUAGCAGUGCAGGAAUUGUGGUCAUCACAGAUGGUGUGAUUGGUCUGCCAGAUGCUACUGUGUUUGAUUCUCUUUUGGUUCAGCUGAGAAACCAAACCAUUGCCUGCAGCUUCCUCCAGCUUGGUUCUGUGUACCAGCCACAGCGCUCCUUUGGCUACAUCCCCUUUACAGACCUCAUGAACUUCCUUGCUACAGCCACUUGCGGAGCUUACAUGCCCACAUUACCCCCAGUGGGCAAUGACUAUGAGUACGACAUGAAUGACUACCACAAGUCCCUGCUGGCGUGGGGCUUCCAGAAGGUGACUCGUGAGCUGUGUUCUCCUGAUGGUGAUGAUGCUGAGAAUGAGGAUGUAAGUUUGCUGCUGCCAUUAACCCGAGAAGUGACAGAGCUGAUGAGGAAGAAAGAACGAGAGACCCAGCUGCACACCUCGCUCAAUGCUGUGCUGUCAUGUCGCCUCAGGGAAGGUUAUGCCAUCAAGGAGGUGGCCAUUGUUGCAGACCAGAUUCAGCUGGUGUUGGUGUUGCCGUGGAAAUACUCCAUCUUCAUUGAGUACCACAUCCGGUCAGCCUGGCCGCCCACCCAGUCCUCUGUGUACACUGAAGUCUGGAUUGAGGCCACCUAUGAGUUCCUCAAUGACGUGACCAGCGACGCCAACCGCCAGUUUCGCUCCAAGUACCGGCAGAGCAUGGUUACCAAGUACUGGCACACCCUGCAGCACCUGCGAGGCACUGACAUGCUGCUGGUGGGCCUGCAGUCCUUCUCAGCCAGCCCCACAUACUACACCCUGCCAGACUGCAUCAAGAAUGGCCACCCAGUCUUCUAUCGCAACCCAGGCCAGCCACACUCUAUUCUGGAUGCCAACAGUGAGCAGUUCCCACAGUUCACUAACUUCUGGAGGAAAGUGUGCAGUCUGGAGACCAACAUCUGGCAGAAGUGGAUGCACAUCCACCGUAUUGGUGUGAUUCUGGAGCACGACCACCCACUCCCCAAGAACCUGCACAUCACCAGCACAAGUGGCAGAUAUGGCAUUGUGCAUUGUCGUCAGGCUGAGCUGGCCCUCACAACCCUCCUGGUAGAGUGGUGCGACUUUGUGCUUAUCGAGAAUGACUCCUACAUCAAGUUCCUGUACAGGGACGGGGAGCUGGAUAAGCCUCCAGUAUCUUUCUUUGUGGUGCGGAUCACUUCUAAGCCGCCGCCCUGCCUGGUGAUCCGUCUGGCUUUCCUGGGAGGGACACCGGGGCACAUCAGGAAUCAGAUGAUGACAAUUAUCAAGAACAAGAUCCAGGGACUAACCUUUCCACUACGAGUGACCUUAACAGAGCGCAGCAAGUCACUGCCUCCCACCAUGCAUGCGCCAGAGGACAAGAUGAGUGAGGAGCUGACCAUCUCUGCCUCGGGUGACCUUCAGCCGACAGCGGUGCGUCCCAGCCUGUCCCGCAUGUCCUCCAACAUUCCGUGCUGUGUCAUCACUUAUAAGCCAGUGGAGAAGAUUCUUAUAUGGUAUGACAAAACACCCAGCAACCUUCUGAGCCCUGUGGUGGUGGAGACUCCCCCUGGGGUGGCAGCAGUGGCACGGUCCAUCGGCGCUAAGCCGGGGCCUACCAAGUCUGCCACCCACAACAUGUCACUGCUCUCCCGCUACCUCCAUCAUCGACGGUGGAUCUGGGCUGUGCAGCCUCCCAGUGCCCCAGCCGUCUCCCUCUCUGCUGUGGCUCGCAUCCUCAACACACUGACCAGAAUGCGGCUUCAGGAAGGGUUCAACUUUGCCCACUCCUGCAAUGGCAUCAUCACAAUGGUGCGGGAGUUUGUCAUGAAGCUGGACCUGUGUGAGGAUGAGGAGGAAGGACUGCUGGAGGGGGGACAGGCCACCUUUCCCUGCAUUGCCCAGUAUGUUCUCUUCCCUCCACACAUUACCAACAGUAGCAGGGACAGUGUGGUGGAGGAAGACUGGGAGGAGGGUGAGAGUGUGGAGGCCGAUGGAGUGAUGGAAAUUGUGACGGAGUGCUGGGUGGAACCACAGAAUGGCGUGGUGGCUUUUCCUUCUCCACGUGCACAGCACCUCAACAACUGCAGCUACAGACAAUUGGCCCAUGCGUUCUUUCCUGUGGACCAAAAAUGCAUCUGGAGCAUGAUGACCGUGGAACACCUGCUGCAGAUGUGCCAGGGGGCGGCAGGAGGCAAUGGGGGCUGUGUCCCUGAUGGCCCUGACCACCAUGCUGACCUGCCCAUCCUAGAUGAUGCUGCCAUGGACCAACGCGUCCAGCAGGUGCCCUUCUGCUUAGACCUGAUGCACCUGCUGCCCAUGUGUCAGCAGGCAGAGCUCCUUGUGUCUACUUACAUUCAAGACCUCCUGAGCAGCCUGGUGAAGCGGGUCACCUUCCACUGUGACACUGCCGUGGACGAGGCCAACCGGACACUGUAUGACCUGCUGCUGGUACACGUCAAGCAGCUCCACCGUUGCGAGUACAACCUGAGUACUGCUGAGCUCCUGGCCCUCCCAGGGGUGCUGCAGGAGAGAUCUCGCCCCCCUGGAGUGCCUCCCUCCCUCUUCUCCAACACCAAUAUUAAAGGCAAGACAGAAGAUCCACCAAAGUGGAAGUGUUUCCUGAAGGGAGUGUCGUCCAAUCACCUCCUCUUCACCUUGCUGCCAGCCUCCUACCAUGACCUCAAGCUGCUGCUGGUGAAGGGUGCCAACGUCUCAGACCCUGACAACCUGGCCCUCAAGCUGGUGCCAGGAGGGACCAGCAUUCCUGACCUGGACACUGAGACCAACACUACAGAUCAGCCUGCUGGGGGUCCCUUGUCAGAGCAGCACAUCUCCUUUGAGAGCAGCACAUCCUCCCUCACACACAUGACAUCCCCAAGUCUGCCUCCCACAACCCCUACCAAUACACAGCCAGCACCCUCCGAUGACCACACACCAGCCAGGAUGCGCUACAAGUCUGGGCCAGCUCCCCACACCAGUUCCCACGUGGUGCAGCCGGUUUAUGUAGAUUCCCACGGCCGGGAAAGAGCCAGUUCCUUCCAUGUGAGUCAGGAGCGCUGCAACUUCUUUGGUCAGAGUGCAAGUGCAUCAGAGAGGAACCGAACAGGCUCGGUGGACUCCCCCACCAAGGAGCCUCAGACAGUGCUGCCCAAGACCACCUCACCCAACGAACACAUCCGGAAGAGGUACAUCUCCAUGCCCUCCAAGUCCUUCGCUGGCACGUUCACUCCCUCCAGCAAGAGUACAUCCACAGAAGGCCUGAGGAGUGAGGAGUGCUGUGUUCCUCUUCACAUACAGUCGGUGGGGGAGCCAGGGGAGGCACCCACAGAACAUAGGAUAUCCAGCCUGGAAGACAGCUCCAGUGCUGGGCCACCGCUGCCAUCCCACCAGCCUCUGCUUGGCACCGUCACCUUGCCCAUCUAUGUGUAUGACUGCAAGCUGACCAGCAUCAUCACACAGCUCAUCAACAGUGAGGAUCGCACAGGGGUGGUGGGGAGGGACUUGUACCUCGACUCCACCUCAAGGCUGGAAUCUGUGUUGCAUGAGGAUACAGUGCCCCUGAAGGGAGGCUCAGGUCCCUCUGCCACCACCUCCCCGACGCCCUCCAACACCAACAGUCCUCAGGACGACCAGAAGCAGGGCAAUGCUGAGCCACGAUCAGAGGAAUCUGAUGUUGGGGGAGGGGACUCGAGUUGCCUGCACACCCACAUGAAGGCACUGGAGGUGGCCUACCUGCGCAGCUUUGUGCUAGGUGUGUUCCAGGGAUUACAGAAGGAGCUGGCUGUGCACCAGAAUGACAUACAGGCAGCCCUGGACCACUGCCAUGAAGCUGUCAUGGAGAUUGAGAUCACCAACUUCCUCCAGGCCAUCUGUGGACACCUGCGAGACUUUCGACUACGUCUGGACCUGGAACACCUACGUCAGAGGCAACCCAACCCAGCCUCCCAGUCCACCCCACUUGCCAAGUUCCAGGUAAUGAAGCAAGAGUCUGCAUGUGAGGCCACAGACACAGCAGCUGCCAACACCAGCAUGAGCAGUAGCAGCAGCAGCAGCAGCACGGGCAGCAGCAGGUUCCCACUGUCACUGCUCAAGAGACACCACCCCUGCCGAGACCUCCAGCAGCUACAUACCAGCAUCCGAGAGCGCUUCACCACCAUCCUGCUCGGCUCCUUCCAGACUGUGCCAACACUGCCAGAGUUCUAUUACUUCUGUCCCCGCAGCCUCCACCACUCCAGUGAGGGAACACCAGUGGAAGAUUUCGUCUAUGUGUCGUCACGGGAAUUGGAACUCUGGGAGAAGAACCAGCUUGACCCGGCCAAGCACCAGAAAGUGAGGAGCGUGUCGGUGAGCAAGAAGUCUGACGUGUUUACUGAGGGUGAGGAAGACUUAGAGGAUGACAACACAGUCAACGAGGGGGAGGAGGAGGACGAGGAGGAGGUUGAUGACGACGACCCAGAUAAAAGUAUUGAAUUCCGCUCUGAGAUUGGCAGCACUGUGUUCCAGCGUCUCCACAGUCAGCUGACAGCACUGGAGGGGGACGAGGACAAGACGUCAGUGAUAACAGAGCAAGACGAGGACCUGAGCACUCUUCCAGACAACCAAGAUCCUGUAGACAGCCACAUUCCUCCACUCUUCCUCCACCUGACUUGCACUAUACGUGUAGGAGGCCAUGUGCAUGCCACAAUCUCCCUCAAGAACUUGCCCACAUGUCUUGAUGAAGUGGCACAUUCCUUGAGUUGCUCGGACGUGAACUUGUCCUCACUCCGAAUCACUCUGGAUGUCCUGUGCAUGACACUGCCGCCUGCCAUGGCCACCAAAACUGCCUCAGACACCCAGGAAUCAGCACUGGAGCUCAGCCGUUCCUUCCGCACCAUCAGCUUCUGUUCCACCACAUCCCCACAGCUGAAGCGUGGCAGGUCAAUCUCAGAGUCAACCUGUGCUUCACUUUCUGAUAUUGAUGAAUCCUUUUUGGAGGAUGAAGAUCAGCUGGCCCACCUCCCUAACUACCAGCACCAGGCCAUCCUGUCCACUGUGGAGGAGAUCAAGUGGUUGCUUCGGGAUGAGAUUGCCUCUGCCAUGCUGCACACCUGUCACCUGAAGGAGGCCAACCUGGAGAUGGUGGUGGCACAUGUGGAGAGUUCCCAUCAUGCUCGUAACUGUAUCUCAGAAUCCAUCCCCCUCAACUUUGUGUGUGGCAUGGAGCAGAGCAAAGAAAGGUUCAUGCAGGAAUUUGGGCGGCUGAGUGUGGUGGGCCAUCACCUGCGGCAGGAGGGCUCCUACUACUACUUGGUGCAAGACAAGACGCAGAUGAGACGCAGGCACUUCUCCUCAGUGGUGCCGCCUCUCAGCUUCCACAACCAGUCCAUUAAUUUCAGGCCACAACCCCAUGCUGAUGACUCUGCACAACUGCGACAGAUGGACUCCAGCUGCCAGGAGGCCAAGGCCAGCCUCUCUUCUCCCGAUACCAUCCGCUGCCCCUCCACCAGGUUUCAGACUGGACGAGUGUCCUUUGACACUGAACGGCGAGUGUCUGAGAGCCUGGGAGAAGGGGAGGGUGGAGGAAUACAGCGUGGAGAAGGCCCAGAGAAGGAAAAGUGGACGCGAAGAAGGGAAAGGAAAGAGAGGAGAGACUCUGAGCGACGAGGCUCCAUCAACACUUCUGACUCUGACUCAGACAUCCAGCAGGUGAGGGGGCCUUUCUCCCGAGAGUCCUCCCACCAGUCCCAUGACUCCCGGCAGCGAUAUUCAGAGUCCCCAAAGAAAAGUUCCAGCCUCAAUGCAGCCAAGAGAGCUUCAAAGGGGCACAGUGAAAGCAAGGACAAAGAUAGUAAGAGUGAUAAGAAAGAGGAGAAAGACAAGAACUCAGAUGAUGAUAAUGAUAAUGAGGGUGACACACCAGGACAUGAAUUUGCUGCACCAUCAGGGCAGCCUCAGGAGACACAGAAGGGAAGCUCUGAACAAAGCCAGAACUCAGAGCCACAAGAGACCUCAAUGAAGGAUCAAGAAACAGGGGAGGAGACUCAGCAGCAAGUAGCAGAUUCUGACAGUGUGUGUGAAGAGGCAGCUGGAGGUGACAGCAAUGAGCAAAAGGUGUCCUCUGCAGGUGCUGGAGAGAAAGGAGACAUGCCUGCUGUAGCUGAAGACAAUGAAGAGAAGGGAGACAAGUCCAGAGGUACUGAGGAGAAAGGAGACUUGGAAAUUAUAUCCAAAGGUGGUGAAGAGAAGGGAGAUGUGCAGGCUGCAAAUGAAGAUCCUCAUGCAUCACCAAGAUCUCUAGAUGGACGCAGUGUAGAGGUGGAGGAUGGAGAAGAUAUUGCUGCCUCCACUGAUCCCCGGAGCAAGGACCCAUCACAUCGCCUCUCCCUGCCUCUCAAUGAACUCAUCAGGUGUGGAUCCGAGAGCCUUCCACGACCACAACCAUCAGCGGAGGUGAUCAGGAAGUCAGCCAGCACAGACAGCUUUGUGCCCAGCAUCACCGAGGCAUCUGUGGACAUCUUGCGCACACCUCCCACUGCUACCCUCACUGCCAACACCAGUGGAGGAUUGUGGGCAGAGUUCAUGAAGAGCCGGCACAAUUCCUCUGAUGUGCUGAAAAGUCGCAACAGUUCGGGGACCAGUGUGGACCUGUUGAAGAGCCGCCACAACUCAGGUACUGGCGGGGACCUCCUGAAGAGUCGCCACAACUCAGGGACUGGGUCUGUGCUUGGCGGCCCAUACUCUGAUGUGUCCAGCUUGUUGGAGUCUGGCCAGACCACAGAGGAUGGCUGUGAGGGGGACAUCAGUGACUCAGACAAUGACUGCUCUGAUUGGCUGCAGGACUUUGAGUUAGUGGAGCCAUUCCUGCCAGAGUUUUGGCUCAUUAUGAGGGUGUCUGAUGAUCGUGUUGACACUUUCUUCCAUUGUAGGACAGAGGCAGAGCUGGGACAGUGGCGGAGUGUGCAGGCAGACAUGGUGCGCAACGUGAGGGCAUUGGUGAAGCUCGUCAACCAGGUGUUGCUGCUGCAGGAUCUCCACAACACUCGUAUGUGUAACCCCCUGCUGGAACCUGAGACCUCAGAGGAAAUCUGGCUGCAUGAAGACACCAAGGGCAGGAGUGUGUAUGACAGUGAGCCUGAGUAUCGAGCAUUUCUAGAAGCCUCCUUCAAGUUCAAGCCGGGAGCCUUUGCCUGCCGAGCCGUGUGGGAGACCAGGUUUGAGCUGCACCACAAGGUGUGCACCGGCAAGGUGGGCAGCAAGGGCAUCCUGGCCCUGCGCACCAUCCUCAACCCUUUCUCCGUCAACAACCGCAAAAAUAUGUUUGUGUACGAAGACAAGUCCGGGAAUGGUUCUCAUGUGUUCUACCUCAGACUCAAGGAGCACCAGUCAAGUUCAGUAUCGCCCCAAGUGGAUGGCCGCAGGGAGGAAGCAGGACUACCCCACAGCGCCUCUGUGUCGUCUCUGGUGAAGCGUGGCAGCCGAGAAGAUGAUCCUCAGGUGGUGAAGACAGAGCUGCGGCCACGAGUCAGCUCAUUCGGGGAGAAGGAUGUGAUUAUGGAGGGCGUGCCAUCAACACCAGCCCAGCGCCGCCGCAGCCACUACAUUGUGCUCACCGUCCAUGGCAUUGCUGAGCCUGGGCCAGCCAUCAAGGAGGAGCUGGUGCGGAUGCUGCAGAACAGACUGGAUGAGGCAGUGGUGGAGGCAAUCUGUCUGAUGCUAUGGAACAACCCACAGCAAAAACUCACCCUAGAGGAUGUGCACUUCAUCCAGCCCCCCUAUCAGCCUCCAAAGACCAUGAUCAGGUUCACCAUCAACGCCAGUGCUCUUCCGCAUCUCCAAGCCGUGGGUUACUACUUGCGCCAGAACAUGCUCUCCUGUGGCUUCAUCCAUCCCAAGUAUGCUGACAGCUGUCCUGAGCACCACUUCCAGGACUUCUCAGCAACAGACCAAGACCUGAGCAACGAACCAAACAUCUUUCUCUUCGUCCGGCCAAGAAAGUCUGCCGCCAAGGGUAUUGCCUGUAUUGUGCUGUCCUUGGUGGAUGGCAGUGGGUGUCCCAUCCAGUAUAUGAGCUGUGCCCGGCCGUCCCAGCUGGGAUAUCAGGAGAUAUUCUCACGGCAGGACUUUGAGGCAAUCAUCCACACCCAGGAAUACCAGGCCAGCCCCACCAAGAGUCCAGGCCCCAUGGCAAUGCUGCAGUUCAAGGUAUGGGAGAGUGGCCGUGUUGAUCUGGCCGAGGUGAGACGCUACCUGAUGGACUCAAUACGCCAUGCACUGUGGGACGUCAAUAUGGAAUACUGCCUCCUCACCGCCCCCAUCAUGCCCUCAUUGAGUGUCCCUCAGCACACCACCCCAGCCUCCGAGCCCACCACACCCAAGAAAGAGGUGCGAGGACCCACUCUGAGGUCAGUGAGUUUGCUGGAAAGUGGCAGCAGCAACAGCCCCCAGCGUGCCGAGGAUCGCACGCGCUCUGUCUCGGUGUCAGGUGUGCCUCCCCAUGUCUGUCUCCCCCGCAUGGCAAGCAGACUCGGGAGUAAGCGCAUGGUGCGGGCUGGCGAGGGCAAAGGUGACAGUCAGCGGGAGCGUGCCCCAUCACCACUCACCCUGGUGCAGGCCAGACUCCGCCUCAUGUCUAGCUCUGUGCCGGACCUCAAGGUGCGGGCGCGGCGGGCAUCCCUGCACUACCCCUGGGAUGGCUCGCCUGUGCUGGAGGUUAGCAGCAGCCAGUCUGCCCAGGGCCACUCUCCCCUGAAAGUGAGGCACUCUGUGGACCUUGGGGUGGACCGCAGCAAGCUCCUGGGAGAUGAGGGGCCCUCGCUGCCGCAGGAGCCAUGGGAGUACCCAAGCUCAUUGUCCUCCCUUCUGCACCCCCUCUACCAUACCAUCAUGCUGGAGUGGCUGGAGUUUGCCUCAGAGCUGGAGGAGCGCGGGGAGCACACGCUGCGCAGGGAGUUGGGAGAGAAGAGUGGAGAGCAUGCUGUCAAGAGACACACUAUCACCCUCAGCACAAAGCAUGCCGUCCCAGUGUUUUUGACAGAGCUUCAGAAGUGGCUGUCACAAAAUGCUGCUGAUACUUCCACCAAGAUAUUUGAAGAGGUCCAGCAGGAAGAGGGAGAAAAGGAGCAAGGAGGCUGCUUGGCUUAUAAGCUGGUAGAAUCAAGCAAGAUCCCACCAGUGCUGAAGAGUGAUGCCAGCGGAGGCUACACACACACCAACUUCAUCAUCAUCAGCCGCAACAACCAGCAGUGGUGGGCCACUCUCUUUGAGGAGAACUUCAAUGACUACUACAUCAACACUGUCACUGCAAGCAAGAGUAGCCAGCGCUAUCCCCCACUGGUAGUGUCUCCAAGGGGGCGCUGUCUAAGUGGUGGGGACAUGGCUUUCUCCAGGGCAGAUGGCAGCUCAGUCACCUCAAGCACAGGCCCUCCACCAUCCUCCACCUCCAUGCCUGUCACCCCCUUCACUACCAGUGCUGGGGUGGUUGCAUCCUCUUCAUUUUCAUCCUCAGCCAAUCCCAUAUCACCCCCCGUCACUGUGCCUUCCACCCCUACCAGCACCACUAAUGCCAUGGGAUCAUUCUGGUCUACCGACACACCUGAUGUUGUGUUCAUUCCACGACAGAAGCUGCUCCUGGCCACACUGCGAGGAAUGGAGCUGGUCAUCUACACAUACAACUGGACCAAGGAGCAAUGUGACAACCUGCACACCACCAUGACGCGCCUGGCCCACUGGACCACUGCCCGUAACCGUCUGUUGUCCACCAUUGUGCUGCAGAAGAUGGGUCUCUACCACAACCAGCCCUUCAAUCGCAAGGCUCCCAUCAGGAAGGAUGAGGACAAUAACCCGUACAUGGGCAACCAGAGCCACGUGGACACUCUCAUCAAGCUGCAGGCGCCGGCACGGGAGAGUCCUGGCACCACUGACCGAGCUGGCAGGAGACCUCAGGGCAUGGUGUCACUGCUGAGCCUCACUGACAUCAGGGAAAGCCGGCCCCCCAGACCUCCCCUUGGCCUGCACCACCCCAACCUGAAGGACUUGGAGCUGCGGCAUGGCACUCAGAUGGCUGAGAUCAGACGCCUCGUGGUACAGAAAGAGAACCAGAGGAAGGUGUUGCUCAAGAUGGUGGUUGAGACUCGGGGACACUCCAGCCCAGUGUUCACAGACAAGAUCCUGUCGCUGUACAAACAGAAUGCUCGCAUUGUUCACUUCUGCCUCACACCUCUUCUCUUCCUUCCAAGGUGGAGGUGGCAGGUGGCAGCAACGCGGGACCACAGCCUGGUUAGUCCCGGCAGUGCAGAGAAGACAUUUGGCACUAAAACUCCAGAGUCUCGCUCACGCCAUGACUCUGGCAACUCCAUGAAGAGUGGAGUGAGUGGCAUUGCCCCGAGUGGACUGAGGCUAUCCUUCUCCCUCAAGUCCAGCGUGGUGGUGUCAGCCAGUCCAGGGCAGCAGCGACGACGGCACGUGACAGGAGGGGGCGAUGAGAAGUGGCAUGAUGCUCUGUGCUCCAGCUACCUGAAGGAGUACAUCCAGUACCUGCAGAGCCUGGGCUUCCUCACCCUCAAUAUUACUCAGACACCUCAGCAAAGAGGUCGCCUUAACCGAGAAUCUGAGAGUCGAGGUUUCCGAGUGAAGGAGGUUCGCUUCAAUGAACAGGUGACCAAAGAACCAACCUACCUCCUCAAGAAUGUCCUGGGAGGCACCAUAUUGUUGGAGAUUGCCUUCUCAGAGCCAUAUUUUUCUGUCAAGAUCUAUGUGCUGGAGUCGUGCCGCCUGGAAGCCAAGAAGCUCUCCUCUCAGAUGGAGGGAGCAGCUGAAGUUAAGCCUGGAGGUCCUCUCUCCUCACCGCUCUCCCCCACAACACCUCUCUUUCCUGAGGGUUGUCCUCCAGACCAGAUAGAGGACAAAUUUGCCAUCAACUCCUUCUUGGACAAGGUGGAUGACAUCAAGGUCCUGCUUCACCUGCACUCCUUCACUUAUGACUUCCACCUACGGGCGCUGUGUGCUUAUGUGGCAGACCGGCAGCUGCUCUUCACUCGAGGCUACCACCUCUCCUCCUGCCUCUCAGACUUCAUCAAGUACUACAACAAAGGCCCAAACUUUGCCAGGAACCUUAUCUACUCAGGUGCUCUCACCAUAGAAGAUACAGGCACUCCUGGGGAGCAGCUGUACAACUACCUUCUGGCCCGAGAGAAACAGUACAAGAUGAAGGUUCUCCGCAUGACCCCAGUUAUUCUCGACCCUGAUGCUGUAAUGCACAACACAGAGUUCAUCCUGGUGCACACCAAGACCUGCCACGUGCACUACCGGGACGGCAACGACCAGCGGGUAUCUGAUGAUUACGAUGUGACCCUGCUGGUCUCCCACAACACGGCAGCCAACAGUCUGCUCCACCAUCUCCAUCUCAACUUCUAUGUCAUCCUCACCAGCACACGUGAGAUGUACCCGAACCGCAUCCUCGAGAAGAAGAUGGGACAUUUCCGCACAGUGUCCAUUGCCCCGUCUCUUGGCCGCCGGUGGACUCCCUCCUCCACACAGACAGAGAGUUGUGACCAUAGUGGAACAGACACUCCACCAAUCACCACCACCUGUGAGGAGGCCUCUGACCCAACCAUAGCCACCCAGGAAGGCCUCCCAUCCUCUGUCAAGUCCUUUGGUGGCAUCAGGUCUGAGAGCGUCAACUACCUUGGCUAUUACACACAGUAUGAAGAAACCAUGCAACGCACACUGGAGCUCCAGGCAGAGGAGGCUCGUACACGCAUUCACCACAUUUUUAACCAAGCCAAGAUACACUGCAGACGAGAUUCGCUGUGGCAGCGCCUGACAGCCAGCCUGCGGGAGGAAGAUAGACAAAAACUUCCCAGAGAGCAGGUCCUUGGUGGUUUGAGCUUCACAGAGUUAAGUGAAUUGCUGAACCUUGUGAGUGUGGAGCCUUUGGGAUCAGUGGACUCACAGUUGCUGCCUCUGCUUUCCAAGCCACUUCACUGGUACCAGGGCCUGAUCAGGGUGCUGCAGUCCAAGUACCAGGAGCGACACAGGAAUCUGACCUCCAGUGAUGGCAAUAUACAGCAUGUGGUGGUCCUGAGUCCUGGUUGUCCUGAUGCCUUCAUGAUGCUCUCUAUCAAUCUCCACCACCAAAAGGCUGAGUUGUGCUGUGUCUACAAGCAACUGAAGGGGGAAGGCACCAGCCCAGUCCUGGACCAGAGGGUUCAAGCUCUCAUCCAAGACUUUGUCAAUGCUUGUUGUUUCCAUCUGUGGAGUGGGCUGCUCUAGCACAGGCCUAGCCCUUGGGGUUUUCCAUGGUCAUAUUUUGAAAUAUUUUACACCUAAAUACACCCAAACACUGAAAAUAGGAACUUGACACUUGACAGUUUUUCAAAAUGAGAUAAACAUUAACAUCUUCAAUAUACAAGGUAUGAGUGUGACAGUCGUUUUUUGUAUUUCAUUUUCUAGGAUAUGGCCUUGUAUUACUAAUGUAAGAGAGGUAGUGUGCUGCUUUGAGAGUUAGUUUGUACUUUUGCAGAUGCAUUUUUUUUGUCAGGAAUGUACACUCAAAUAUACAAACUCUGUGAUGCAAAAUGCAGCAUACACAUAACUAGUCAGCCAUCAGAAAUUAUUAAUCAGCAGACAACUUUUGUUGUUGAAAAAAAGUUAAUGUAUUUCUUAUUAUUAUGCAAUGGAUAACUUUAUACAGUCUAUGCAGUGAGAAGAGAAACAUAAGUAUUCUCAUGGAACCUAUGUGAGGCAUCUGAUGUGUGUUCUGGGAUCUUGUAGGAUUACAGUUAUAGCCAGUAAGCCCUGGCCAUGUUGAGAUGAGGGGCAGCCUAGGUACUGGGAUGGCUGCAAAGGGAAACCCAACAAGGUAGUGGAGGGGGACUCCUAAAAUGCUUUUUUUUCUCUCUCUCCAAUAGGGUUAUAAAAUCCAGACUAUCAGGACACCAGUCAUUUCGGCAAAGACUUUCACCUGUGAUAUUAGAUGUUUCCCUUAUUAGAGUUCUAGAUUAGAAAAUUUUGAUUUCUAGUUCACUUGUGGCAAGAAAAGAUGAAGUUAUCAAGAUUUGGUGUAGGUGAUUCUCAAUUAGAAAAAAAGAAGCUUUACUUUUAUCUUUAUUUAUUUUCCAGUAUUAAAAGACCUCUCAAUAUAAUACAAAUCAAUUUGGCUAUUUUGAAGAAUGUCAUGUUAUAUUUGGCACUAGUGUCAAUGUGUUGUCCCUGGCUGGCUGUGCCACGUUCAGCAGGCCUGAGUUGCCAGGUAUGUAUUUUCCUUGUGGUUUACAGUGUUACCAUGCAAGGUGAGGAUUCUCUCUCUCUCUCUCUCUCUCUCUCUCUCUCUCUCUCUCUCUCUCUCUCUCUCUCUCUCUCUCUCUCUCUCUCUCUCUCUCUCUCGACAAGAUAUAUGAUCACUUUUAUGUCGCAAGGCAUGUAUAGUGCGUGCGCGCGCGUAUGCCCACUCUCUCUCUCUCUCUCUCUCUCUCUCUCUCUCUCUCUCUCUCUCUCUCUCUCUCUCUCUCUCUCUCUCUCUCCAAAAGAUAUCACAGACAACACAUCAACAUGACAGGCAUAGUGUUUGUAUUUCUCUCUCUCUCUCUCUCUCUCUCUCUCUCUCUCUCUCUCUCUCUCUCUCUCUCUCUCUCUCUCUCUCUCUCUCUCCAAUAGAUGUGUUCUGCAAUUGUAUCUCUUGUCUAGAGAGAGAGAGAGAGAGAGAGAGUAUAUAUAUCCUUGCCCGAUGUGGUAACACUGCAAGGAAAAUGCAUAACUGGCAACUCAGACCUGCUGGACACAGCCCAGCCAGCCAGGGACAUGUUGACACUAAUGCCUUGUAAUUACUCGUGGGCUCUGUUAAGAUGAUAAGACCCAAAGUCUCAAUAUGAAAUUCACUAAUUACAUGUAUAUGUAAUUAGUAAAUCACCACAUUGGAACACUUUUAGGUGGGAUUUUGGUAACAAAUGACGUGCAUUUCAGGCAUGAUACAACCAGAAUUAUUUCAGGGAGCUGAGGCAGUGAAGGCAAAAAAAAAAAAAAAAAAUAAUAAUAAUAAUAAUAAUAAUAAUAAUAAUAAUAAUAAAUAAAUAAAUAAAGUAAUUAACUGCAUAAUGCUUAGAGAUACAAAGGGAAGGAGGAAUCAAACAUCAAGUUGUCACUUAAGAAAAAGAGUUGUGCUGGAAUAUAACAGACCCUGUUAUGUAUGCACAGGCAACUCACACGCUAGUUUAGUACAAGCAGCAACAUGUAGUACUCCAAGUCUUCGUAUUUGGUCAGUUACUCAAUGAUAUUCAGCUGACAGAGACCAGUUUGCUCAUACAGUAGUUCAUGAACAUUUUUCUUUAAUUACAGCUAUAUUUACCUUGCUUUAGACAGAACAAUUAAUGGUGCUCAUUUUAAGAUAAAUUCUAUAGUAGUUUAUAUUAGUGUUGAUCAAUAAAUUGUUCCGGUUAAUAUAACAAUUUGGUGAGGAGCAGAUAGGUGAACAUCAUAAAAACUGUGCAUCGCUGUAGAAAUAAGUCAUGCACAAAGAGGGUUGCCAUUCAGUAUGUGAUUUCUGUAGUAUAGCCUUAUUCCUUGUCUGUUUUCAAGAAAGGAGAAAGUAGGUGUAAGGAGAGGUUGUCUAACUAUAUUUAAUCUUUCAAUUUUUCUUUCUUCAACUCUAACUCUUGUAUAAAUCAUUCUGACUGACAAGAGGGCUGUCCUUGCUGGGGAUGUAUGCUUGGAAACAUACUUAAAGACAGGGAGGAGGAAAACGAGUAAUACAUCUGUGCACCAAGACAGGGAGGAGGAAAACGAGUAAUACAUCUGUGCACCAUCAUUUUAUAAAAGAAAAGAAAGACAUUCUGAAAAGCUGUUCUUCAGGUAACUUAAUGCAUACAUUUCCUCUUAUAAGUGUGUGCAGCUGUAGGAAGGAAGGAGAACAAAGACAUGGUGUGAUGUUUGUCCUGUGGGAGAUCUUAAUUAUCUUGCUCAUUAUGUUAGGGUAAGUGUGAUUAUUGAAGGAGAGACAAGACCAAACCAAACCUUUGGCAAUGCCUUAACACAUCAGUAUGGAAGGCACAAAGCAUUAGGAAUUGCAUGUAUGUCAAUUAUUUCAUUUACACAAUUUUACAUAUACUAAUGAAAAAUUAAUUUAGCACUUCUUUAUGUAUAUAUCAAGUAUGAAUAUAUAUUUGUUAUGAAAUAUGAAUUAUGCAUUUUUGAGAGAGCACAUUUAUAGGAUGAGGUACAAGAUGCCAUUGCUCUACAUGCUGAGUCUGUGCCAUGUUGCCACCAGUACAGUGGAGACAGGAGUAGGAAUACUGCCUUGUCAUCAUCGUCUUCUAUGCCAAACUGCAGAUUCUGAUGUAUAUAAAGUAUCUUAAUUUUAUUUGUUUCUUGCAUUAUGUAUUAUACCCAAUCAUUAUUCUCUCAGAUAUCAGUUGUACCAUACUGAAAGCAGGGAGAUGUGGUGUGACUGAAAUCCCUGCUGAUUCACAAUUAGUGUAAAAAGCAGAAAAUACAAAAGGUUUUGUUCAGUAUUUGUGACUGAUAUAUGCCUAUAUUUUUUGACAAUAAAGUCAUCAAAAACA